UCUUCCUCCUCGCAGCAUCCGUUCUUCCUGGCUGGUAUCCCUGGACUGGAACAUGUCCACACCUGGAUCUCCAUCCCUUUCUGCUCUGUGUUCACCAUCUCUCUUUUGGGCAAUGGCAGCCUUCUCUAUGUGAUCAAGACAGAUGUCAGCCUCCAUAAACCCAUGUUCUUCUUCCUCUCCAUGCUGGCCUCCAUUGACCUGGUCUUAUCUCUCACUACCAUGCCCAAAACACUGAGCAUCUUCUGGUUCAGCGCCGGGGAGAUCAGCUUGACCUUCUGCCUUGUCCAGAUGUUUUUCCUCCACUCCUUUUCCAUCAUGGAGUCUGCUGUGCUCUUGGCCAUGGCCUUUGACCGCUACGUGGCAAUCUGUCACCCUCUGAGGUACAACGCCAUCCUAACCAAUUCACUGGUAGCCAAGGCUGGACUGGUUGGCUUGGCACGGGCUGUUGUCCUGAUGCUCCCGUUGCCUUUCCUGCUUAGGAGGUUGCCCUUUUGCAGCUCCCACAUCAUUGCCCACUGCUUCUGUGAGCACAUGGCAGUGGUGAGAUUGGCCUGUGCUAACACACAGUUCAACAAUAUCUAUGGGAUUAUUGUUGCUUUCCUUGUGGUGGUGCUUGACUUGAGCUUUAUUGGCUUGUCCUAUGCCAAGAUCCUCAGAACGGUCCUCAGUCUGGCUUCUAAAGAGGAGCAGCUCAAAGCCUUUGGCACUUGCGUCUCGCAUUUAUGCGCCAUAUUAGUUUUCUACACUCCUGUAGUUCUCUCAUCCAUAAUACAUAGAUUUGGCCACCGUGUUGCUCCUUACAUACAUAUCCUGUUGGCCAAUGCCUACCUCCUCUUUCCUCCCAUGAUGAAUCCUAUCAUCUAUGGGGUGAAAACAAAGCAGAUUCGAGAAAGAGCCCUCCACCUAUUCUACCGGAAGAGCUUCUGA